AUGGCGUUACCGGGAGCAUUUGGGAGUCAGGAUAUAAUCUUCCCUUUUUUUGGAUGUAUAAGAGAAAGUGAUGCAGAUUUUAAUAUCGGAACUUUCUGCGCAAAUCCUUAUACUUGUAAUUUGGUAUCGCGACGCUUAUCAGCUGACCGCCGCGAGUUUCUCCGCCCCGACGCGGAAAGCAUCAGUGAUCUUUCGUCCCGCGCGUUUGGUACAUCGGACAGCUUCCCUUGGUGA